AUCAUGCUUCGAUCAGAGUAGUAGCGAUAUUUGUAAACGUCAAUCUACUCUGUGUUGUUUUGUAUUAUCUGUUUUCGUAUAAUUUCAAUAUAAAAUAGUAUCUAAUUAUAAAAGAAAGACAUGGAGAAUCGAAGUCCAACCAUGAGUAUAAAAUUAAAAAAUAGGAACAGUGUUAAUAAACUUAGACACAGUUCUCCGAAAUUGCAAGAGGUCUUGCGAGAGAGAUGUCGAGAAAGAAUGAGAGAGAAACGUGGACAAUUAUUUAAUAAAGGUAGAUUUGGUUUGGAAAGUAAUUCGAAAGAUGUACAAGAUACGUUAACUGAAAUCGUACGUAAAGAAUUUAAUAAUCUCGUAACUAGAGAUCUUGAUCCAGCUUUUUUUAACAAUGCAUCGUUUCUUAAUGAAUUGCUUAAUCAAGAAGAAGAAUUAGAAAAUGAAAUACUCAGUGAAGAAGAACAGUGGAUAUUACAAGAAUAUGAAAAAAUGACACAAGAAGAAAUUGAAAUAUUAGCUCUCACUGCAGACGAACAAGACAAAGAAGUUAUUUGUCCUAUAUGUCAGAGAUCUAAUUUAACACAAAAACAAAAUAAUGUAACUUGUAUAUCUUGUGAUUUUGUAUUGAAUAACUGUAUCAGUGUAAAGGAAGUAGGAUGUUGUAUCGAUAACUGUGUGAAUAACCAUUCUGCGCAAUGUAGAAAAACUCCUAGCUUUUUUCCUCUGUCUGAGAACAACAAGAUAUCCUUGUAUCUAGUUUGUGACGAAUGUUCUACGUGGGCAUCAAUAAUAUAAGUUUUGAUUGUCCCUUUAAUUAUCAAAAGAUUUUAAUAAUAAUACAAUCACUGAAAAGAAUUGUAUUUUUUUAUACAAUCAAUGUCCAAUUUAAGUUUUUAGUAAUAAUCCCUUAAUACAUAAUACAUUUGAUGGACAUUUGAAUGAAACUUAAUGCUGGAUAUCGGACUAAUAUCCAAGAAGGAAUUCAGAUAAUAAAAUCCUUAUUUUUAAAUAAAAUGUUAGAAAUAAAAAAAA